GCGAUGAUGUUUACACAUCUUUGACGUCUUACGUGACAGUUUAGAGAAGCAACAUCGCCGAUUACUGCGUAGUAACUUGUUUUGAAAGACGCCAGUAUAGUUUUACAAGACUACGAGACUUGUUCAGGGGAACAACGGAGCAAAAACAACAACUAGAACGAGGUCUGCACCAACUCAUUGAAAGAUUAGCCGAGAAAAUAAUCCARAACAACAUCUUUGGGUCAAGAUUAAACGGCUUUGCUGCUCAAUUACACGAUGGAAUCCGCACAGAACGUAAUUUGCAAGCAAAGAGAAAAGGAUAUCGAGAUUAAGAACCCACCAAAAACUCGUCAACGGAGCAGAUCGCUGUUUGAGGCUGAAAGACCGAAGCUUACAGAAACAGAUCGUGGUGUUUUCGUGCUAUCGCAUGCUGACUUUCCAAAGAGGGAACGAACACAAUCUGACCCAACGGAUCCUGACAAAUUCGUACUCAAACCUAUGCUUGCAAACCAAGGAAAGAUCAAGAAAAUCAUACAUGAYAUAUUCGAAAAUGCACUUGCGACAAAAAGCUACAACGCGAAGGAAUCMGGSGCCAUUGCYGCUCUCCUGGCUGCUAAAAUCAGGGACAAAGUCAGCGAGCUUCAGUUGGUYAGUUAUAAACUCGCAUGUACUUGUUUAAUAACCAAAAGAGCUAUCCCUGCGCCUGUUGUUGAAAGUGGAUGUGUUUGGAACAGUCGAAAUACUUCAGUGGAUCAAGAUUCAUUUGUAGAAUUCCUUUACAAAAGCCAAGAACUAUAUGCUCUGGGCACUGUUUACGGAAUAUACGACCCGAAAUUUGAGAAGCCAACAUCUUGUAAGAGCAAUAGUGGCGGCAGGCCUUCACCGAUACCGGAAUAGGCACGGCUCUUUUAUGGCUAUCUGGAGMCGAAUGUC